AUGAGGCUGUCAGGCAGCUUCAUCGCCCCCUCUCUGCUCGGCUUGGCCGCUGCAGCAGCUCCGCAGGCCCGUGUCUUCGUCCAGGACCUCGACGCGCCAGCGCACCUCGGCACCCAAACAGCUCCUACUCUGAGCCCCGACACCGCCCGUCUGAUAUUCGCGCAGAGGCUGGGCCUCUCACAGUACCACAGCCUGAAGCAUACCGACGACGACACCAUCCAGUACAUCAACGACUUUGGCGGCUCGCGGCACCAGCUGUUUGAUGAUGAUCAGCUCGGCGAUGAGGCCAAGCACGUUAUGCUCGUCGUUGAGGGCGUGAAGGACACUGCUGUCCUGGACUCUGCGUCCUUCUCUCUCUCUGAGACCCCCGGUGCCGAUGCCACCUCUCGUUUGCUCGAGGACUUUAGCAUCCAGUCUGAGCAUCUUUUUUCAACUGCCGGAGCUUCUAACAAGGACACUAUUCCCAAGGCGAUCAAAAAUGUUCUGGAUAAGGUUUCUGAGGAUGUCGAGACCAGGCUCAGCAAUGGCAUCCUGCUCGCCCACAUCCGCAAUAGCGAUAACACCGACUACUCUUCGACCAUUCGCGAGCUGGCCGAUCUGUGCUCCUCCAAGUGGCCCCUCACCGUCGCUGUGAUGCCGCCUUCCUCCGGCAGCGUUUCGAAGCGCUCGGCGAACGCCUGGGGAGAGUACGAAGUUCCCAAGCGUUCUGCCAUGGCCGAUCGCAAGCGUCCCGAGGCCAUCCUCGCCGAAGUCCCCGACAACGACUUCACCCAGCGUGUCAACAGGACGGACGCUCUGAAGGCACCGAAGAGCCCAAACAACGCCACCAUCAAGGGCAUCCUGCCCGCCUGCUUCUCGUCGAAGGACGCGUGCGAGUCGGCGACCAACGACUGCAGUGGCCGCGGCUCGUGCGUUAAGAAGUACACGGACAAGGACAACAAUAACAAGGCUUGCUACACUUGCAAGUGCAAGGCCCAGGUCCGGACCAACAAGGACGGCAGCAAGAAGACGACCUACUACGGCGGCCCCGCUUGCCAGAAGAAGGAUGUCGUCAUGCCCUUCUGGCUGUUCACCGGCUUUGCAGUUGCGAUGGCUUUCUUGCUCAGUUACGGUAUCGGAUUGCUCUACACCAUGGGUAAUGAGGAGCUUCCUAGCGUCAUUGGCGCUGGUGUCUCUGGCGCUUCGUCGAGGCGCUAA